AAUAACUUACGAUUAUCUUGUCCGGAAAAGGCGACGAAACUGCAAUUGCGAUCGUCAGAUCGACAGACUUCACUUCUGCUACCUACCUAAGGUACUACCUACCUUCUUCCAUCUUCUCCAUCCGCCGCUCGCUCGCUUCCACACCACCGUUUGCGCUUACCGCCAAAGCUGAUUGGUUGGCAAGCCCGACUGCGCGCGGCUUUCGGUCCUCCCUCAUCUCUAGAUCGCUAGCUCAAUGCGGGCUACCGUGAGAAACACCCCAAUAUCAUUUCUUCAUAGCACAGUUUCAAGAUGCAUCAGAUGGAUGAGGUGACGGGGACGGGCCCCGCCUUGGCCGGUGGCCAUAACAUCGGCUUUGCGAUGCAAAAAUACAUCCUGCUACACAACCAAUACGAAGAGCUUAGACAGCACAUGAGCGACCUUUGCACUUCGUACACCACAUCGUCUACCGCGGUCACGUCUCCUUCGGUUUCGCCCACUCGCUCUUCCAGCAGCUCGUCUCUGAAGCUUUCGCCGUCCCUGCAACGGAACCAUAGGAGAUCAUCGUUGCCAGUUAGGCCCUCGGGCCAUCGAUACUCGCAGACCCAGCUGGAGCCAGUGUUGGACGAGUCGCUGGUCGAAGAGAUGGAAGCGGGCGAACAGAAGCUUUUUAACGUGAACGAGGGCAUCAAACGGGCAUUGACGGAGUUGUUGAACUGCGAGACGGUGCGAAGAGACCAAGUCAUGCGGACUUGGGUACAGACACGCCUAAUGGACACGGAGAGAGAGUUGCGGAACGGGCGAAGGCGGCGGAGUCACGGAGCGCUCGACUAAACAGCCUGAGGGGAAGAGAAUGCAAGGGGCAAUAUUUGCCCCCGGUUCGGUUCGUAGGGUGGGAACAAAAUCGGCUGGAUGAAAAAGGGGACUGG